CUCUUGCCUCCAUGGCAAGCCUUAGCACUGGAGCAGGGCCUCCCGUGGUGAAUGUGUACCAUGAGAAGUCCAUGAUCCUACCAGAUGUGUCAAGGGUGCUCACAUGCCUGUAUGAGAAAAAUGUCAAGUUUGAGACAAUCAAAGCCUCUUACAAGGACAUACUCAGCCUCCAGGCAUCAAGAAGUGUUCCGGUUCCAUUCUAUGAUGGUCCCCUGUUUCUGCAAGAUUCAAGAGCAAUCUGCCGCUAUCUAGCAGAGACCUAUGAGCAUCAGGGGUAUCCUUUCCUUCUGGGAAAGGAUGUCCUUGAGAGGGCUUCCAUUGAACAAUGGCUCCGGAAUGAGGAGCAUGCCUUCGACCCUCCAAGCCGGGCAUUGUUCUGCCAUAUCGCCUUCCCACUGCAUGAUGAGGAUGAUGAAAACAAUGAAGACAUCAACCGAGAGAAGCGGAAGCUGGAGGAAGUUCUGGAAGUCUACGAGCAGAGGCUUGGUGAGAGCGACUACCUUGCUGGGAACAAGUUCACUCUUGCCGACCUUGUUCAUCUGCCUGGUACCCACCAUGUCAUUACAUCCGAGAGAUUUGCCUACCUGUAUGACUCAAGGAAGAAUGUGCAAAACUGGUGGAACAGGAUCUCAGCCCGAGAUUCCUGGCAGCAGGUGCUGAGGGACAUGAAGACCGUGGAGGAGGAGCACAUAAAGGAGGAGUAUGAGAGGCAGCAGCAGCAGCGAUGGCAGACAGAGCCACAGUUUGUCCGCGACAUUCACAUAAGCCAUCGGCAGCAGGAGGGCACAAAGUCACAGACGGUGCUGGUUGCGCCUCCCAGCACUGGUACCAUCAUAACCUCUAUUUCACCAGCUCCACGAGAACAUGAAAAUACCACUGAACAUAAGCCUUCCUCGCCUGUCGAAAGAAAUCAAGGUGGCUUCUUUACAACCACUGAAAAAACACAACCACCAUCACGGCAGACAGAUUCUACCACUCAGAAACCACCUAGUAGUGUCCAGAGCACUAAAAGUAACUUCUUCACCCAGCCUUCCACUCCUACCACUGCCAAGAUGCAUCAGAGAACCGAUGCCGAGAAGCCCAUCCACAAAGAUGCCUCAUCUCCUAGCAAAACCAGUCAAAUAUCACCCAAAGAAGCUCCUGAUAAGCCCCAUCUUUCUGGAUUUUUUAAGGUCAGUGGCUAUAAAUAUGAGGCAGGAUCUGUUGCCAAGCCCAGUCCACAAGCUCCCUCUGGGACCCCUGGAGCUAGGCAGGCCAGUGAAGCAGUUGCUAGUGACAAGCCCAGUCAAGGAUCAGCCAAAUCUCCCCACAGAAUUACUGAACCAGAUUACAGUGAAAGUGAGAGCAAACCUUUUGGCGUCCACCCUCAGGUUGACAAGCCUGACACACAAAAACAACAAACACCUUAUGGAAAGCCUCCUGAACAGACAGUUACACACACUUAUGUCGGUCCUGAGGCAGGUGAAAAACAGAAAAGUGCAAUGGGCACUCAUUAUGCUCAAGGUGAAACUGCAAAACAAUCUACAUACUCUGGUUACCCAGCUAUUGCAAAGAGAGCAACAGAGGCUGAUCAAAAUCGGGCUCCACCACCUAGAGCCCAGGAAGUACAAUCAGGUGUCCAGGAUGCCCAGAAGCAAGCUAAAGCACUGCCUGCUGAUCAGAAAGCAUCUGGCACAUCACCAUUGCAAGUAGAAUCUGAAGAAGAUACUCAAGGUGGCAUUGAUGAAGAUGAAAGAUUCUCAACUAAGAGGCUCAGGAGAAUGUUUGAUCCAGACGCUCCAGAUUCUCAAGACCCUGCCAUGGAGGGGGAAGCACCUGCCAUAUCCAAUAUGCCUUCAGAUGUCCAUGACAGAGAAAAGAAAACCACAACAGUACCAGCCACUCCUCCAACAGGCACAAGAGCUCCUUACACUCCAGAGACAGCAGAUGAAAGGGGAGCCAUUUUGCCACCUAAAGGAGUGCCUUACAAUGACCGUGCUACUUCUGGGCCAGAAAAAACACCACCCAUUCAACAAGUACCUCCUGCUGCUCCUAGAACUGACAAAUUGUCCAAAACAGAAGAUGCUAGCAUGAGAGGACCACAAGGAGCACCACAGCAAACCACAGUUGAUGCUAGAAGUGGUUCAGCACUUGUGCAAGGAGCUGAUGCACAUGCUCGUGUUAUCAGUGAUGAACAGACAUACAAGAAUUCCACCAUGGGUGGAAAAGCUCCAGAGGCAACAAGGAAGGCUUCUGACAGUCAAGGUACUUCAGCAUUGAUCCAAGAACCAAUUCUUGAUACCCGUGGGAAGCAAGCACCAGUUGGCCAAGAAGAAAUCCCCGGUGUUCGAGAUAUCGGUGACCGGGACACAACAAAAAAAUCUAUUAUUAACAAAAGGGCAGCAGAACCAACUUCAGGUUCUCAACAAAUUACAGAACCAGUUAAAGGAGCAGGCCCUACCUCACCUAAAACCCCUGGUGAUAAGUCAACCAGAGCAGCAACAGCUGAUCCAGGUGCAGAACUGACUGCACCAGUAGGAGCACCAGCUUUGGGUGGACAGAAUGCUUCUGCAGUUCUCCGAGAAGGAAAUCUUGAUGCUAAUAGCAAGAAUGAGGCAGCCAAACCAUCUCCUGGUGAUCUAAGAACCACACUCCCAACUACACCAGGAAGGCUAGCACCAAGUCCUGAGACACAAUCCCAUGACACUUCAGGUCAAUUGUCAAAACCAUCUCCACCAGUAUCUUCCUUAUCUGACACAAGGAAGGAGAAGACUGGUAUUGCUGAAACCAUUCAAACUAGUGUGGUAUCACCCAAUGAUCAGCUGGGUGGGCAAGCUACGAGGAAUGCUGGACCAGCUUCUGUACCUCCAGCAGUGAAGUCACCAGAAGAUAACAAAACAUACCAGGAAGAAGCAGCCAGACAAGAGCUACCAAGAGAUCAAUCCAGGGCUCAGUUAGCUGAAAAGAAGAAGCAAGGCGACGAUGCAACACCAACCACUAGAAUUGGCAAGCGCAAAGAUGAAGAUUCCUUGGCAAAUACCAGUGACAAUAUCACUGAACAGGCUCAAGGAACAACACAUGAUGCGCCAUCCAAGCUGCAGAUACAGUCUGACAAGAAAGAGCCUCAACCGUCAAAAGAUGGUGGCAAGCAAAUGAAAGAGACAACAAAUUCUUCUAGCUUAUCAACAUCCAAAGAAGUAUUGCCUUCACUCCCUGAGAAGAGAAAGCAAGAGCAGCAACUGAAAGGAGACAGGUCUGGUAUAUCACUGCAAGAAAAUGUAAAGCAGGGUUAUGAAACCACACCACUGGGGUCUGGAACAGUGCAGCAAAAGAAGGAUAUCUCCACAGAUGCAGAUAAGAACUAUGAGAAAACUUCAGAAGUUAAUCCGGAAGAAAAAAAUCCCCUCUGAUACUCAGCAAAUGAAGAACAACAGAAGUGAUAGCAAACCAGAUAGCUCAAGCAAACCUAACAAAGGUAAUCUUCCUGAGUCAGAGAGGCGUGGCUUGUAGACAGACCUAUGAAGCACCUACUUCAUGUCAUAUUCCUGUAGUUUAUUUGUUGAAGUCUUCUCUACCUCACCACUUUCACAUGUUGAUGUAAUAAGGUCUGUAACCUUAGCACCUUCAGACCAAUCGUGGCAUCUAUAUGACAUGUUAUUUUGCUGUUUUUCUGUGAUCAAUGACUUGUUUA